AUGCUGAAUAAUAAAUCCAUUCAAGAUGAAAAGGGGUUACAAGCUGCCUUAGAUAAAAAGAGUCUUCAUCAACAAACUACUCUUUUCCCUCCGUCAUGUUCAUCAGAGUCUCUGGAUCAAUCACCAAAUAUCCUUCCCUAUAUUGCCAGGAUUUUCGAUAAUGAAACUAUUCAAGAACACAAAAGUUAUUUAAAAUCGAAAGAGGAUGUCUAUAAUCAAUUUCUGGCUCCUUAUACCGAAUCAACAACAUCAUCAACCCAUGCGUCACCUAUUUUAGCAUAUAAUCAGUUUGAGGAUGCUCCGAUCUUUGAGGAACCAUUACCACCAGAGAACAAGGAAGUCAAAAUGCCUCUCCUAUUAAAAUCCCAGAAAGAGAAUGUCUUUAAUUCAUCUUUCAAAUUUGCAAGUGAGGAAGAAGAAGCAAAGUACUUGGAUAUGGUGGAAGUAAUGACUGAGUAUACAGACAGUGAUUUCCUCAAUUCAACAUCCUCAUCCAUUUCCUCAAUACGAUCUAUCUCUUCCAUUAAAUCCUUGCCAACCAACAAUGAAAAAGGAACUAUGAAAUUUGAUGACCCUAAAAGACCUCUUCUCCAAAAACACAACCAUCAGCAACAGCUUAUAACAAAAAAGACAGAAAAGAAAAAGAAUAAUGAUACAAGACCUCCUUUCCUUCCUACCUCAAAGAAUGUGACAACUGAUGUUCUACCACCUCCACCACCUCCUCCAAAAAAGCUUUACAGCAAUAUUUCCUCAAAGAUCUCUCAAAUUUUCAAAAAUACUCAAAAGAAGUCAAAAAAUGAUUCUCCCUCCAACUCUUCAGAAAGUGAAGAGUCUCUGCUAUUAGUACCUUCAAAAACAAGAUCUGUUUCCCCUUCUUCCUUAAAUACCUCCCCUCCAGCAGCACCUGCUAAUACAGCGACUAACUUGAAAAAAGUUGUAACCAACGUGAAAAACACCAACUCUGAAAAAACUCAAACGACUCACGCUUAUCUUAAGAGAAAGAGCAUUUCGUUUGUGAUAUCAUCAGCAACUACUUCCAAAUCCACAAAGCAAUCAACCCCACCAGAGAGAUUAACCAAACUUAAGGCUGGUCCACGAAAGCAAUUACAGAAGAGUGAUACCUCUCCAACAUUGCUUAAAGAACCUCCAGCAUCUUCGCUCAGAUCUUCAUCUUCCCUCAUUAGUUCAUUCGUAGCUGAAUUCAAUGAAAGAAAAAAGAAAGUGGAGUUUGUUGCUGGCUCAAACUCUAUUGCGACACUGCAUGCCAUUGAAAGAAAAAUCAAAGAAAAGUUCCAGAUUGAUCGAAAGCAAAAGAUUGGUUUGAGCUACUUUGACAGGGAGUAUAAACAGUGGCUAGAGGUUGAUAACAUAAAGGAACUUCAAGGUGCUAAGGUUAAAGUAAGCAUUACAGAGGAAAAGAGCGAACCAUCUUCAAUAUCUAGAUCAGAUUCAUCAGCAGGUACUGACAGUCCAAAAUCUCCAUUCCGAGACACGUUUGAAAUUUCUAAAGGUUGGAUUAUUAUCAAGACAUUAGGUGUUGGCAGCUUCGGUAAUGUUAUGCUUUGUUUUGAUUCGAAUGCUAAUGAAAUGAUGGCUGUCAAGAAGAUCCUUUACUCAGCAGAGAGUCAAGUCAAGCAAAAGAUUGAAAAGGAAACAACUAUUAUGAAGAGCUUGAAUCAUGAAAAUAUUGUUCGUUUUAAAGGAGUUGAAUUUUCAAAUGACUUUUGCUUCAUUUUGAUGGAGUUCCUUAGUGGUGGUUCCUUGAAACAAGUUCUCAAGAGAAUGAACAAAGGAUUAUCAGAAGCUGUAGUCCAGUUAUACUUGAAACAAAUUUUGGUUGCACUGAAAUACCUUCAUGAGGAUAGGGACGAGCCAAUCUAUCACAGAGAUCUCAAAAGUGAGAACAUCUUACUCAAGAAUGCAGAAAUCAUCAAAUUGGCUGACUUUGGAGAAGCCAAAUUAAUUUGUAAAAAUAGCCACUUAGAUAAAUCAAGACAAGAUGGAUCCCUCACCAAGACUAAAGCAAUGACGGGAACAAUACCUUUCCUUAGUAUUGAACAAUUGAGAGGAGAAACUUGUUAUAAGAGAAGCCAUAUGCCAGACAUUUGGAGUUUGGGAAUGACCAUUCUCGAAAUGUUAAUAGGAAGAAAUAUUUGGUUCUCUUUAUAUCCAGCCAAUCUUACCACAGAAUAUCAAUAUGUAGAAUUUAUGAUUAACAAUACGCAUUUAAUUUAUGAAAACAUUCCGUCUUACAUAUCUCCUCAAUUGAGAGAUUUAAUAACGAAAUGCCUUUCUCUGUAA